AUGCCUGCCGCUGCUGUUGUUCUUGCUCUUGCCGGUCUCGCUGCCGCGCAGUACCCUGCCUAUACUGGCCAGUUGCUCGUGUCUCCUGGAAGCAACGCCGGAAAGUGUCUUGACGCCGAAAACCGCGACGGUGCCCCGGUCAAGAUCGCCGACUGCAACGGUAGCGCUAACCAGAAGUGGUCGUUCGGUAGCAAGUCUCAUGUUGUCAAGAUCCACGGCAACAAGUGCUUGGACGUCAAGGACGGUGUCAACGCCGACGGCACGAAACUUCAAAUCUGGACUUGCAACGAAAGCAGCCAGAACCAAAAGUUCUGGUACAGUUUCUGGGAUUACACUUUGUCUUGGGAGGGCAAAGGUACGGGUGACUUCACCAAGAUUGGUAUCAUCCCGGUGAUGGUGGAGAGCUUGAUCCCCACGGUGCCGAUGGCAAUGGCAACCCUAAUGUCCGCCACUGAGUUUGCUUCCGCGCAUGCACCGGCCCUCACGCAGCUCAGAAUUGCCAGCACAUCUAUGAUGUCAUGGGCUGCCGCUGGAACAUGCCUGCCAACUAUGAUGCCGGAACCUUCGAAUCUUGCGAUGCCGACAACGCUAAGCCUAUGGGUAUUUAUGGAACUUCUACUUGGUACCAGGGCGUCAAACCCACCCUGCUGCCCACCCUAUCCCCAGCUCCUCCAACUGCCGUACCCUUCCUACAGUCGCUCCGGGCCUGUCAAGCGCUCUCACAAGCGUCGUGCGUUUAGCCAUGACAACUAA